AUGGCGCAAACCCCCAUCGAAACACCACCCUCCCUCCCCUCGGUCCUAGCCCAAAACAUCAAAUUCAUCAAAAAAGAAUACGAACUCGAUCCACCCAGCUCAUUGAGUUUCGGUCCGCGAAUCUUCGGCGGCCUCGCAACGUCUGUCCAUGGCGCACCAAGCAGUCCAAAACUAUUUCACGGAAACACACCACGAAUACAAUCAACCUGA